UAUCUGGAAAACACAUUAUUUCUAACAAAGUAUUUAUGUAAGAGCGAAUCUUCCUUCCGAGUUAGCUAAGCUAUGGCUUCUUCCAUUGCUAUGGUCAAUAAUGAUAAUGCCAUUUGCUACUGCCUCCUCUUCGUAUCACUAAUUUCCACAUUUGUAGUGCGUUUGCUCAUCAAAACCUACACAAAUCUCGGCAACUCAAUCCGGCACCCACCAAGUCCGCCGGCUCUUCCCAUCAUCGGGCACCUUCAUCUAGUUGGCGCUGCAUUUCCAAAAUCCUUCCAAACCCUAGCUCGCUGCUACGGACCCCUUAUGCAGCUACGCACAGGUUCCUCAACCUUUGUUGUUGCUUCAAGUGCCUCCAUUGCUAAAGAAAUCUUCAAAACCCAUGAUCACAAAUUCCACUCUAAGUUUGAAAUGGGUCCUACGGAUUACAAUAUUUAUAAAGGAACAGGAUUUAUAACAGGUCCAUAUGGUGAUUACUGGAAGUUCAUGAACAAGCUAUGCAUCACCGAGCUCUUUGCAGGCUCACAGUUCGAUCGGUUUAACCGUAUCCGGGAGCAAGAGAUCACAAAUCUACUAAAAUCGCUGAUGGAGUGUGCCAGGAAAGGAGAAAUAUGCGAUUUGAAAGUGGAGUUAGAAACCUUGACGAACAAUUUGAUAUGCAAAAUGGCAAUGAGCAAGAGAUUCUCCAACAAGGAUGAUGAAGCUAAGAAGAUGAGGAAGAUGGUGUCUGAAAUUAUGAAGGCUGGAGCUAAGCUUGGUGUUAAUGAGGUGCUUGGAGUUCUGAAGAAAUUUGAUCUAUUUGGACAUGGGAAAAAGCUUCAAGAGGCACUUUGGGAGUAUGAUGGAGUAAUGGAGCAGAUCAUGAAGGAUUAUGAAGAAAGCAUGGUGGAUGGUGGAGAAAAUGAGGAGAAGGAUGUGAUGUAUAUUUUGUUGCAGACUUAUAGAAACACAGAUGCUGAAGUGAAGCUAACAAGAACUCAAAUCAAGCAUUUCAUUCUAGAGCUGUUUAUGGCAAGCAUUGACACAGAAUCGGCAGCAAUACAAUUUGCCAUGGCAGAGUUAAUAAACCAUCCCAAUGUUUUCAAGAAGCUAAGAGAUGAGAUUCAAUCAAUUGUGGGUUCCAGCAGGAGACUAAUUAAGGAAUCAGACGUCCCAAAUCUUCCUUACCUGCAAGCCAUCGUUAAAGAAUCUCUCAGACUCCACGCUCCAUCACCUAUCAUCAACAGAGAAUGCACCAAAGAUUGCAAGAUCAACGGCUUUGAUAUUAAAGCCAAGACUAAAGUUCUCAUCAAUACCUAUGCUAUAAUGAGGGAUCCAGACAAGUGGCAUGAUCCUGAUGUAUACAUUCCUGAUAGGUUUUUUGUGGACUCCACUGGACAGUUUGAUCAAAGUGAGAUGGAAAUGAAAAGGCAUGAUUUUAGCUACCUUCCAUUUGGAGGUGGGAGGAGAGUUUGCCCCGGCUCAGCACAUGCUUACGUCUUGAUGCAUACUACAAUCGGAGCUUUGGUUCAAUGCUUUGACUGGAAAGUGAAGGAUGGAGGAAAAAUUGACAUAAAUAUUGCCAAUGGGUUCUCGGGAGCUAUGGCUCCUCCUCUACUGUGUUAUCCCAUCACACGUAUUAAUCCAUUUUAGAUACGGCAAAUUAUUCGAUGCAUAUGUAUACUUUCACUCAUAAAGUUACAUAUUCUACACCCUUAAAUUUAAGAAACAAUUGUUCUUCAUAAGUUUUGGGUUGGUUGCACUAUAUA